AUCCCGCAGCGGCUCCUGGCUCACAGCGCACGGGGCGAGGGGAGCGGGCGGGCGCCGGGGGCAGGGCCAGUGAGGGCGGAGAGGAAGGCGGUGGAGACUCGGAGAAAUCCAGGCGGCGGCGGCCGCGGCCUCCUGCCUUCGCGCGCCCCUCGCGCCAGAUCGCUGCGCCCAGGGCGCACUGUGGAGAGGGACGCGGCACCUGCCGCGUGGCAGCCAUGGAGAUGGAGCCAUCCCCCUCCGCCGGCGCCGAGCUGCAGCCCCCGCUCCUCGCCAACGCCUCGGACGCCUACCCCAGCGCCUCCCCCAGCGCGGGCGCCAAUGCGUCGGGGCAGCCGGGCGCACAGAGCGCCUCGUCCCUCGCCCUGGCUAUCGCCAUCACUGCGCUCUACUCAGCCGUGUGCGCCGUGGGGCUGCUGGGCAACAUGCUUGUCAUGUUCGGCAUCGUCCGGUACACUAAGAUGAAGACAGCCACCAACAUCUACAUCUUCAACCUGGCCUUGGCUGAUGCACUGGCCACCAGCACGCUGCCCUUCCAGAGCGCCAAGUAUCUGAUGGAGACGUGGCCAUUCGGGGAACUGCUCUGCAAGGUGGUGCUUUCCAUUGACUACUACAAUAUGUUCACCAGUAUCUUCACACUCACCAUGAUGAGCGUCGACCGCUACAUUGCCGUCUGCCACCCUGUCAAGGCCCUGGACUUCCGCACCCCUGCCAAGGCCAAGCUGAUCAACAUCUGUAUCUGGAUCCUGUCCUCAGGUGUUGGUGUGCCCAUCAUGGUCAUGGCUGUGACCCGUCCCCGGGAUGGGGCGGUGGUGUGCAUGCUCCAGUUCCCCAGCCCCAGCUGGUACUGGGACACGGUGACCAAGAUCUGCGUGUUCCUCUUCGCCUUCGUGGUGCCGAUCCUCAUCAUCAGCGCGUGCUACGGCCUCAUGCUGCUGCGCCUGCGCAGCGUGCGCCUGCUGUCGGGCUCCCGGGAGAAGGACCGCAGCCUGCGGCGUAUCACGCGCAUGGUGCUGGUGGUGGUGGGCGCCUUCGUGGUGUGCUGGGCGCCCAUCCACAUCUUCGUCAUCGUCUGGACGCUGGUGGACAUCGACCGGCGCGACCCGCUGGUGGUGGCCGCGCUGCACCUGUGCAUCGCGCUCGGCUACGCCAACAGCAGCCUCAACCCCCUGCUCUACGCCUUCCUGGACGAGAACUUCAAGCGCUGCUUCCGCCAGCUCUGCCGCGGCCCCUGCGGCCGCCCGGGACCCGGCGGCUCCAGCCGCGCUCCCCAGGUCCCCAGCCCAGGAGCCGCCUUCAAGCUGCCAAGGGUGGGGUCCACCCAGAGUUGGGCAUAG